AUGAUAAACUCUGUCCAACAAACAUCUUCAAAGGAGGAGAAGCCAACGAACAAGACCACAGUAAAAACCAAUAUUCCAGCUCUUGUCGUGCAUUUCAUUAAGCCUUGUCUGUUGGUCUUGUCGGGAAUGGUUUGUUUGUUGAUAUUUUGUGGAGUUUUCUUUUCCGUGCUCAUCUCGCUAGAUAAAUAUGAGUUUCAAUACAACCAAGAGGCUCAAUGUUUGGUCAUGUACCCCCGAAUUGCUUGUUCCGAAGAAGUGAACCAAGGUCAAACGUGCAUGGCCUUGGUAUGUUUGCAACAAUCAAAUACUGUUGCAGUUUCGAAUUAUAAAGAUUGUCCCCCUUCACAAAUUAAGACUGUCCUCAAAUUUCCCCAAAACACCAAGUUUUAUAAUUUGACCUCGGGAACCAACACUACCUGUUUUGUGAGCAAUGGAGGAGCGAGCAAUUUUGUGUCGUACACAGUGAACAAUAAUGAAAAGCUUGUAUGGAAAAUCCUUUCGGGACUGAGCUGGGGAUUUUUGGGAAUCUUAGUUGCGCCCUUGUUAAUUGGAACUUUGAUUCUUUUGACGUGGAUUAACGCUCCCAACCUUAAACAAAGAGUUAGCGCCUUAAAGAAGCUAAAACUAAAGAAAAAAUCCGUUUCGAAGGAACAAAUGAAAUUAACACCUGAACAAAAGGCCACUGGAAAUUGUCAACCUCAGUGUGAUCCAAUUUCUUUGUCACAUGAAGGAAAAUUGGACUUUGAACUCCAAGAGCAGCCAAUUCAAAAGGAAAAUGAAACCUUAGAUUUGGAAAAUCCAAAAUCUGAACAAGACAAGACUGAACAUGAGGUGAUUGAAGACACACAACAAACCAAUCAGUAA